UUUUGUCGGAGAAGCCGCAGCGCCGCCUCUUCUCUCGCGUCCUCGCAUCCGUUGCUGCCGCCUCUUCCUCCGCCUCCUCCUUCGCCUCUUCCUGCCUCCUCCCGGCUUCCGCCGCCGAUCCAGCCGCUUCCCAACCCCGGGGCGAAGCGUCUCCUUAUUUAUUUCCGUUUUCUCGCCACUACCGCCUCCUGACACGGUGAUCCGGGCGGGCCCCGCAGGAAUUUUAUCCCCUCACCGGCCUCACACUAGUAUCGCAUGUCCACUAUCCAGAACCUCCAAUCUUUCGACCCCUUUGCUGAUGCAACUAAGGGUGACGACUUACUCCCGGCAGGGACUGAGGAUUACAUUCAUAUAAGAAUCCAGCAACGGAACGGCAGAAAGACACUGACUACUGUUCAGGGCAUUGCAGAUGAUUAUGACAAGAAGAAACUUGUGAAAGCUUUCAAAAAGAAAUUUGCCUGUAAUGGUACUGUGAUUGAACAUCCUGAAUACGGAGAGGUUAUUCAGCUUCAAGGUGACCAAAGAAAAAACAUUUGCCAGUUUCUCUUGGAGGUUGGCAUUGUCAAGGAGGAACAGCUUAAGGUUCAUGGAUUCUAAAAUGAACCUAAAUACGUGGAGAAUUUCUUGAAUAAUUUUGUUCUCUAAACCAAGUUUGGCUGCCUUGUGAAAUGAUUCUCUGCAGUAAACGGACUUUUCAUUUAUUUAAUCAUUCAAACUUUCAUUCACAUCUGCAUGAUUACAGAAAACAUGGGGUAUGUAGGCUAGUAACACAUAAGAAAAUUGCAGUAAGAUGGUAAUGAAACCCCGUAUUCAUCUUAACAUGUUUCCAAUGGAAAAUAUUUUGUUUUGAGUGUUUAUUUGUUUAUUGUUCAGUUUAUUACUUUUCACUUGAUUAAAUUUUUUUGUUGUAUUAAACCAUGUACGUUGCAGCUUAACAAUAAAAAAAAAAUCUAUGAA